AUGUACACUAACAAGCAAUUAGUAGCCGCGUUGCUCGCUUUCCAAGUAAUCGUCAUUGCGGUGGCGCAGUCUACAACUGUGGCAAGCAAUAGCGCCUUCGAGCCCGGCAAUGUGACAACAAGGACCGACGAUUAUAUCCUGGAAAAUCGGCGUCAAUUCAAUGCCACGUUGCAAGGUUAUUUGGACAAAAUGAGUACCGUGACGAACGGUCUAGAAUUGGGACUGAAAGUGCUUAACCGACAGAAGGUGCUACUGCUGAAGACAAUCCAGGAAACAUACGAAAAGAUCGAUCCUUUAGAAUUACUAGGCUUACCGGCCAAAUACUGUGUACAACAAUAUCGCAAUGAACUGCCCUACGAGCAAAUUGUGAAGACGAAUAUUGAGAGUUGCAUCACUAGUGCACGCAAUUAUGCCAGCUCAAUCAUCAGUUCUGCCAACACUUAUUAUAAUUACCUGAAAAAUUACUACACUACUACCUUUACACCAAAUCUUAACGCCUGUGCAAAAUCGAACAGCAAUCCGUCGUUGAAUUACACGCUCUGUGUUACAUCCGUGAUUUCCACCGUCAACAGUUAUGUCCACACUAACCGUGAAAAUUUUGAAGCCGGCUUACAGUCCGCAUACUGUAGUUUGGAGAACCGUCUUGAUGUUGCCGCCAGCUGCACCUACACACAAUUAAACUCGGUUUUGACUUCGGUUGGUGCUGCUACACGCUUGAUUCAUGAUUGCUUCUCUGACUAUUUGGAAAGUUUGAAUGAUAACAAUAACGGUACAAUCAGCGCUGGCUGUCCGAAUGUCGUGUAUGUGGAAGUAAAAGACAAGGAUGUCCAAUCCAGAACCAUAAACAACCCACUGUUGGGUCUGAAUACCACAGCUAAUUGCGUGGAAAUAAGAUUUGUCUAAAAAAUUUUAACAGAUUAUGUUGCUUUUCAGCACAAUGUAACGAAAAUGCAUGUAAUUGUUUUUUUUUGCCAAAUUAGUAAAAAUAAAUAUAAAUAUGCACAAAAUAAA